AUGGUGAGAGACCCUCUUCGAAGGUUCGUGAGCGAAUGGGAACACGUGGUCAGAGGAGCAACAUGGAAAGGUGCCUCGCUCAUUUGCAAUGGUCAUGCCGCCACAGAGGCGGAACUUCCUCCAUGCUUCCGCAGGAACUGGAUAAACGUCACCCUUCACGACUUCAUUGAGUGUUCAACAAAUCUCGGAAUAAACAGACAAACCCGGAUGUUAGCCAACCUGAGCAUUGUUGGUUGUUACAAUACUUCCACCUCCGAUCUCACGUACGACGCAAGGCACUAUCUCAUGCUGGCAAGUGCAAAAGAGAACUUACGGAACAUGGCUUUCUUUGGUUUGACAGGUCAUCAAGAAUUAUCACAGAUCUUGUUUGAGAAAACCUUCAACUUGAAUUUCAUCACAAAAUUCAAGGAUACUCCAACCAGUAAAACAUGGAGUGGCAGAGUCAAUUUGUCCAAUGUGCAACGUGACAAAAUACUUCAUUUGAACAGGUUUGAUGUCAUGUUAUACCAGUAUGCCAGGGACUUGUUUUUCCAAAGAUUACAAAUGUUGGCUGAGAGAAGAAAGGAUUCCUCUCUUCGAAACUUUAUUCACACGAGUAUAAUUAAAUACUGA